AUGUUGAUUGGCAUAUGUGGAAGUAUCUGCGCUGGUAAGCAGACCGUUGCUCAGUACCUAGUUGAGCACCAUGGCUUCAAACACCUAUACUUGCAACAGGGUGAUAGUCAAGGCACCGUGGAUAGUGGUUCUGCUUCAUCCAUAUCAGAGCAAAGUGAGGUCUCUCAAUCUACCAGCGCGAUCGCCGCUAGUGCACUGGGACAGAGCACCUUGACGAGCAAAGCCGAGAAUGGGACAGUCCUUGCUCUCAGGUCUCAAGGCCAGCCGCACACCUUUGCCUCGCCACAAGCCAUGCUUGAUUUCGUGACGACAAGAUGGCGAUCUCGUUUCGUGACGACGGAUAUUUCCACUGAGGCAAUUCUUGAUGUCUUUGCCCGGCGGCCUUUCUUUCUACUUCUAUCCAUCGACGCGCCGCUAACCAUUCGAUGGCAUCGGUACAAGCAGCGUUCAGGACACUCUGGGAAGGACGAAAUCAGCCUGGAGGACUUUGUGACGUUGAACGAUGGAAAUCUUUACGACCCGCACAACAGCACUCAGUCCCUCAUGUCACGAGCGACUGUGCGGCUGCUCAACACCUCUUCAUCAUUGGCGCACCUCUACGCCACGCUCGGCAAGCUCGACAUCACAAAUUCGGAUCGUCUUCGCCCUGGAUGGGACACAUACUUCAUGGAACUCGCUUCCCUUGCUGCGCAGCGUUCCAACUGCAUGAAGCGUCGUGUCGGGUGCGUUCUGGUCGGCAAGGAACGCAGGGUCAUCAGCACCGGCUACAACGGGACGCCCCGUGGGCUCCGCAACUGUGCCGAGGGAGGCUGCCCUCGAUGCAAUGAUGGCAACAGUUCCGGAGUCGGCCUAUCCACUUGUCUGUGUCUCCACGCGGAAGAGAACGCGCUUCUAGAAGCCGGGCGGGAGAGGAUCAGGGAGGGCGCCGUGUUAUAUUGCGACACCUGCCCUUGUCUGACAUGCAGCAUUAAGGUGUGCCAGGUCGGUAUUAGCGAGGUCGUGUAUGCGCAUGGGUACAGCAUGGACACGGAGACAGCUGAGAUCUUCAGACAGGCGGGUGUGAAACUAAGGCAGUUCAUUCCUCCUCCGAACGGAUUGAUCCAUCUAGAGAAGAUGGACCUCUAUUAA